GGCAUUUGUGAAACGCCCCGCCUGUCGGGGUGGGCGGUGGCGGCGACGGCAGCGAGAUCCGGAAGUCAACACCAUGUCGAGUCUGCACAAGAGCCGGAUUGCAGAUUUCCAGGAUGUCCUGAAGGAGCCCACGAUUGCCUUGGAAAAGCUUCGGGAACUCAGUUUUAGUGGCAUACCCUGUGAGGGCGGACUGCGGUGCCUCUGCUGGAAGAUUCUCUUGAACUACCUGCCCUUGGAGAGAGCCUCAUGGACCUCCAUCCUGGCCAAGCAGAGGGAGUUGUAUUCUCAGUUCCUGAGAGAAAUGAUUAUCCAGCCUGGCAUUGCCAAGGCCAACAUGGGAGUGUCCAGGGAGGACGUGACCUUUGAGGAUCAUCCACUCAACCCCAACCCUGACAGCCGGUGGAACACGUACUUCAAGGACAAUGAGGUACUGCUGCAGAUUGACAAAGAUGUCCGGAGGCUGUGUCCAGACAUAUCCUUCUUCCAGAGGGCCACUGAGUACCCCUGCCUCCUCAUCCUGGACCCCCAGAAUGAAUUCGAGACCCUUCGUAAGCGGGUGGAACAGACAACGCUGAAAUCCCAGACAGUGGCCCGGAACCGGAGUGGAGUCACAAACAUGAGCUCCCCACACAAGACCACUCCAUCAUCAUCCAGGAACGAGUAUGUGGUGCUGCCUAACGGCUGUGAGGCCCAUUGGGAGGUGGUGGAGCGGAUCCUGUUCAUCUACGCCAAGCUCAACCCUGGCAUUGCUUAUGUGCAGGGCAUGAAUGAGAUUGUGGGACCCCUCUACUAUACCUUUGCCACAGACCCCAACAGCGAGUGGAAAGAGCAUGCUGAGGCAGACACCUUUUUCUGCUUCACCAACCUCAUGGCUGAGAUCCGGGACAACUUCAUCAAGAGCCUGGAUGACUCGCAAUGUGGUAUCACCUACAAGAUGGAAAAGGUGUACUCAACUUUGAAGGAGAAGGACGUGGAGCUCUACCUGAAACUGCAAGAGCAGAACAUCAAGCCCCAAUUCUUUGCCUUCCGCUGGCUGACACUGCUGCUGUCCCAGGAGUUCUUGUUGCCUGACGUCAUCCGUAUCUGGGAUUCCCUCUUUGCUGACGACAGCCGCUUUGACUUCCUCCUUCUAGUCAGCUGCGCCAUGCUCAUACUGAUCCGGGAACAGUUGCUGGAAGGGGACUUUACCGUAAACAUGCGGCUCCUGCAGGAUUACCCCAUCACAGAUGUCUGCCAGAUCCUACAGAAAGCGAAGGAGCUCCAGGAUUCAAAGUAGCCUGGCCACAAGAGGUCCAGGUUCGGAAGAGAAGCCACCGACCCCUGGCUUCUGGGACAUGCAGAAGCCUAUAGGAUCUCCAGCCGUAGGGGAAGCUGCAGAAUUGGCCAUACUCCAGGCCUUCUUGCCCCGGCCACCUCGUCCUAGGUCGUUCCCACUGAGGGCACACUGUGCAGCACUCCUCUAACCACCGAGCCCUGGCUCCCCACAUUCUUCAGCCCUGGGACCCACUGUCCAGUCUGCUAAGCAGGGUUGGAGCUGGGACAGUUUGGGGGCACUGGGAGGCUGCCAAGUGUCCCUUCCUGACUCUGCUCUGCUGCCCCCUUUCCUCCUUUCCUGCUUCUGGUUUUCUGGGCUCUGGUGAAGGGCAGGCAGUGGGCAAAUGGGCCAGAGACCACUUCUUCUGGGGGUUGGUGCUGAGGCUUCUCCUUGGGGAAGGUGACACUGUAGGGGCUAAGAGGCUGCCAGGCUGAGCUCAUGCCCUCUCUCAAACUGAGUUUGUGUGAGGUCCUUGUGUGUGUGUCUCUGAGUCUCCCAGGUAUGUCUGCUUUUUCUCUGUGUCUGUCUUUGAGGAUUAGUGUAAGGGUAUCUUUCAGUCCUUCUAGGUCUCUCUGUUCUCUGUCCCUGUCUCUCUCCCUCUGGCUCCCUCUCUUCUCCCCUCACUUCCUCACAGAGGGUGGGUGUGACAUUCUCACUCCGGAUGUUCCUCUCUCCAUUGCUCUCCUUCUGCCUUUUUUCUCUUGGGGUGCCUUAUCCCUGACCUCUUUCCCUCCUGACCCCUCCCCAACUCACAUGAACCCAGGAGACAGAAAGGAUCCUGGCCCAGCAUAGCCCCUGGACGUCAACCCCAGCCUUUGCAUCCUGUUCCCACCCCCGAGUCCCAGGCUCCUGGGUUCCCCAGUCUGGGAGGGAGUUCACAGUGCCUCACUAGAGGCCACUCAACCUGCCCCCUAUGACAAAAACUUGGAAACCAAAAGCUGCUGAGAAAUAAUGAAGAGGGAGACCUGUAUCUUUCCAGAAGUUCUCCCAAAGGCUCUUCCCUCUCUAGGGUGGUUUGUGUUCCAAGGGAAAAGGUUGCUAAGAAAAUUCUAUUCCAGGGUUUUGGAUCCAAGUGCUUCUGAAGAGUUGACAUUCCCUUGGCUUCCAGGUUCUAGCCCAGAGGGUGCCUACCUGGGGCCAGGCAUAAAUGAGCUCAGAGGCCCUGGAUCCUGUCAGGAGAGUCUGUGUCAGCACCUUUGCAUGCCCCUGCACCUCCCAAGCAGGUGGGAGGAGGUGCUGGCCCUUCUCUGGUCACCUGCUUGUGCUGUCCCCAGGUCUUGGGGCAUGUACUCUAAGCAGAGGCAGCUAACUACUCCCAGUGUUGGGCUGUGAGAGUGGUAAGACUGUUCAGACAACCCCCGAACCUUCUUAUGUAAGGAAGCAGGUAGUGUGGGUCUGGAAGCCUGGGUAGCAAGGGUCCUCAGCCUCUCCCCAGACUGGCCCACAGGAGCAGGGCCCCAGGAACCCUGUUGGCCCCAAAGCCUCCUGACUCUAGCAGCAGGACUUCUUGCUGGCCACCCAAGCCCAGCCGUAGGCAAGAAACCGCUUCCCUAGGUGGCUCCUUUCCCAGGCUAUACCUUGGACUCUUCUGGGACUUGAUGCACUUGCCUUUUUGCUUCCUCCCAACACACAGUAUUUGGAAGACUUUACUAUUUAUUCAGACUCCUAGUUAUUUAUUGCAGAUUGGCAAGUGCUUGGUUUGGGGAUGGUGGAUGCGGCAUGAAGGUGGAAAUGAGUUAGAGACGUGGUCCUCCUGGUGACCCAGGGUCAGAGCCAGCAUUCUCUUCCCCUGCCUUUCAGACCUUCCUGGUUUUACCAGGUCCUGGCUGGGAGGGAGCUGUACUGGAGCUGAAUGGAAGGGAGACAAGAGAGCUAGUAUCCUUGCCAGACUCCAGGGCCCCUUGGACAGGGCACACACUGCUUCCCACCAGCCUGGAAUACCCUCUUCUUAGGACUUGUCAGUGGGUGGUUCAGCCCCAACCCCCUCAUGGCCUGGGACUCAACAGAUACUGCCCAGGAUAUCUGAUGCAUUCCCUGUUGCCUGCCCACCUGCCCUUCUAUUUGGGGCCAUACUACCUGAGUCACUCCAUCUAAUUUGCCUAAGUGGUAGACCUGGCUCCAGUGCCCUCUUCUUGACCUUGAGGUGAAGGUCAAGAUCAAAGGGACUAUGACCUGGUUAGGUUGAGCUCCACAGUGGGAUACUGCCUAGGAAAAGACCUUCCCUUGGUGAUUUCCUCUCCCCAGACUCUCAAGGGAGCUCCUUAGAGAGCCAGAGUGCCCAAGGCUUCCUCCUUGAGAAGCUGCCCUCAGGACUUGGGACACUUACACACAUUGGGCUGUAUGAAUUCAGCGGGCUUCACUCCAGAGGGUCAGAAUGUUAGUCUGCUUUUUUUUUUUAAUCUGUUUUGUUCCUUGGAUCAAUGCUGUUGAUAAAUUGUCUUUAAGAAAUCAUGUGUUCUUUGCAUUGGUGCUAUAAUGGGCUGAAACCUCAGAGAGGUCUCUGGGAGCAGGGAACAAAGUCUAAACAGGGACGGAGUUAGAAGUCUUCCUUGAGCAGUCUAAGAAAGGCCAGGAAGUCUUGUCGUAAGAGAUUGUGCAGACCUCAUUCAACCACAGCAAGUUAUAGCUGGUGGGAGUGUGGACUGGGAGAGGAUGUGUAACGUACAUGGUUACACAGUAAGUUAUUUUUUAGAUUUAAAAAAUUUUGAAAACUGAAAAACAUGUAAAUAAAACAAGUUACCCAUAAUCCCACAAAAUCAACGACAGCAUGUUAGUCUUUUUAAGCAAAUGCAAUUUUUAUUACAUAAUUAUUUUCUUGAUAGUUUUAUAUAUUAGAGCAAGUUUUAUGAUGAAAAAAUUUUUAUGAGUACUAUAUACUAUUGUUAGGUGCCAUCGAGUUGGUUCUGAGUCAUAGCAACCCUGCAUACAACAGAACAAAAUACUGCUUGAUCCUGUGGCAUCUUCACAAUUGUCAUGCUUGAGCCCAUUGUUGCAGCUACUGUGUCAAUCCAUCUCUUUGAGGGUCUUCAUCUUUCGCUGACCCUCUACUUUACCAAGCAUGAUAUUCUUCUCCAGGAACUGGUCCUUCCUCAUAACAUGUCCAAAGUACGUGAAACGAAGGCUUGCAAUGCUUGCUUCUAAAGGAGCAUUCUGGCUGUACUUCCUCGAAGACAGAUUUGUUUGUUCUUCUGGCAAUCCAUGGUACAUUGAGUAUUCUUCACCAGCACCAUAGUUCAAAGACAUCAAUUUUUUUUCUGUCUUCCUUAUUGUCCAGUUUUCUCAUGCAUAUGAGGCGACUGAAAACACCAUGGCUUGGGUCAGGUGCACCAUAGUCCUCAAAGUGACAUCUUUGCUUUUCAACACUUUAAAGAAGUCUUGCAGCAGAUUUGCCCAAUGCAAUAUGUUGUUUGAUUUGACUGCUGCUUCCAUGGGCAUUGAUUGUAGAUCCAAGUAAAAAAAUCCUUGACAACUUCAGUAUUUUCUCUGUCAUAAUGUUGGUUAUUUGUCCAGUUGUAAGGAUUUUUAUUUUCUAUAUGUUGAGGUGUAAUACACACUGGAGGGUGUAGUCUUUGAUUUUCACCAGUAAGUGCUUCAAGUCCUCUGCUUUCAGCAAGCAUGGUUGUAACACUGCAGGUUGUUAAUGAGUCUUCCUCCAAUUCUGAUGCCUCGUUCUUCAUAUAGUCCAGUUUAUUGGAUUAUUUGCUCAGCAUACAGAUUGAAUAUGGUGAAAGGAUACAACCCUGAUGCACACCUUUCCUGAUUUUAAACCACACAGUAUCCCCUUGUUCCAUUUGAACUACUGCCUCUUGGUCUAUGUACAGGUUCCAUAUGAGCACCAGUGUUUUGGAAUUCCCAUUCUGCACAAUGUUAUCCAUAAUUUGAUAUGAUCCAUACAGCAGAAUGCCUUUGCAUAGUCAAUGGAAUGCCUUUGUGUAGUCAAUGGAUAGUGUAUCAGGUAUGUUAUCUAGCAUGCUAAAAAUGUCUAAUUAGUUCCUAUUUCUGUUACAUUGCUUAUCCCAGCCCUUAUUUUUACAUAAUGUAAUGAAUAUUUGUUUUUGAAGUCCUUGCAUUUCUGAUUAUUUCCCUACUUAAGUCCAGUAAAGAUUGAAAGGUAAGGCUUUUCAUCCUGUAAGAAUGGUGUGGUGGUGAGGGCAUCUGACCUUCUCUAACUUAACAAGGGGGAAGGCUCUCAGCUUUCUUGUUCUGUGGGCUAGGGAAGCCCACUGUGCUGUCUCCUGGUCUCCUGUUCUGUUGCCUCUGCCUGCUGCUGGUUCUCACAGUCUCUAGUGUUAACAGCUUUCUUGUCUCCUGGGUCUAGGAGGUUCUCAGUGCAGGGAUCCUGGGUCCAAAGGACGUGCUCCACUCCUAGCUAUUCCUUCUUGGUAGUGAGCCCCCUCCCCUCUGCCAUGUUAGGGUCUCUCCCCUUUUAUCUCUUGUAAGAUAAAAGGUGUGACUCAAGGACAUGACUUCAAUAAGGGUGUUGACUUGAGUCACACCCUCCAGUAAGGUGGUUACUCAAGAUACAUCCCACCCUAAUCCUGCCUCAUUAACAUAAUGGACAACUCACUCCCAAAUGGGACCAUAACCAGAGGCAUACAAAAAAAAAAAAAAAAAAAAAAGCGGUUAGUAUUUACAACACAUCACAAAAUGGAGGAUAUUGUACAUCAGCUCACAAAAUGGAGGACAGCUUCAUCAUUACAGAACUGCCAAACCACUGAAAAGCAUGGCCCAGCCAAGUUGAUGGAUGACCUUAACCAUCACAGUUUCCAUACACCUGUUUGCAUGGUCCUACACAAUCAUUGUAUGGAAGUCACAAAGGCUUUGGCUAGAAGGGCCGUAUUACGUAAUUAACAGCACCACACAUACUGCUAAACUGCUUUCAGUAAUAGUUUUAUCGGUUUCCAUUUCAACCAGUAGUUUGAUAGCAUCAAUUGCCUGCAUCAUUGUUCUGAGCGCUGGGUGUUUAUUAAGGAAAUCUUUGCCAAUCAUGUGGGACUUUUAGCUUAUUUUAUGCUGUAAUUGUUAGGAGAAUGGGCUCGCUCUGGUGUCCGACAGACCUGUAGUCUUUUCCUUGUUCUGCCAACUAGGAAGUCCCUCUCGGGACUCUGGAAGAUUAAACGAAGUUUAGACCAAAGCUUGACACUUCUUAGGGCUCCUUACAUACGAGUUUCUCCCACAAGCGCGGAGUCCCUCCGUGGAGACCAGGGGGCGGAGGCAGGGCGGAGCUGAGCCUGACGGAGGCCAAUAGUGGCCUGAGGUGCUGGUGCCUCGCCCCUCACGCCCGUGUCUUAAAAGGGCAAAGAAAGGGCGAUGGGAGCCCGUUUUACUGCCCUCUGCGACGGCACUGGGUCUUGUUUUGUGUGUGUGUGUGUGACUGGGCACUGGGUUGUUAGCACUAACCCUUCUGAACGGCAGGGAAUGGAAUGUCCUAAAACACUGUAAU